UUCUCUUCCUCGGAGCCUCACCAGAUUUUUUUUCCCCCCGUGCCGGCGGCGGAGUGGCGGCGGGACGGUGGACGCGCUGGUCGGACACGCUGGACGCGGAGGGUCCGCUCGGCAGGGGGCAGCAGGCAGACGCCGUCUUCUUGGUCUGCGGCUUCAACUCCAUGGAACCAGCCUUCGGCGAGGUGAACCAGCUGGGCGGCGUGUUCGUCAACGGCCGCCCGCUGCCCAACGCCAUCCGGCUGCGCAUCGUGGAGCUGGCGCAGCUCGGCAUCCGUCCGUGCGACAUCAGCCGGCAGCUGCGCGUCUCGCACGGCUGCGUCAGCAAGAUCCUGGCGCGCUACAACGAGACGGGCUCCAUCCUGCCGGGCGCCAUCGGGGGCAGCAAGCCGCGCGUCACCACGCCCACCGUGGUCAAGCACAUACGGACGUACAAGCAGCGCGACCCGGGGAUUUUUGCCUGGGAGAUCCGGGACCGGCUGCUCGCCGACGGCGUGUGCGACAAGUUCAACCUGCCGUCCGUCAGCUCCAUCAGCAGGAUCUUGCGCAACAAGAUCGGGAACUUGGCCCAGCAGGGUCCCUACGAGGCCGGCAAGGCGCCUCCGCACCCGGCGCCGCAGCCCGCGCUGCCUUACAACCACUUGUACUCGUACCCGAGCUCCAAGGUGCCCACGGCCGCUGCAAUGCACACCCUCCCCGGACACAUGGCCAUGCACCGGAUAUGGCCCUCGUCGCACUCCGUCACGGAUAUUCUGGGGAUCCGCUCCAUCACAGAGCAGCAAAACGCGGAGUGGCUCGCCCACAGCGAGCAGUUGUGUCACGGCGCCCAGCAUCCGGGGCUCCCGGGGGCCCACCACCCCAGUGCCAGCCUCCACGGCGUGCAGCGGCACCACGUGGGCCUCUGCGACCGCAGCCACGUGGCGGCCGGGCAGUGGCAGCUGUGACGUCAUCAGCCGCCACUCGGACGCGAAGGACUGCGGGAAUUUUGGUUUUGGUAUCCAUUCGACCGAACGAUUUGGGCAAAUCCCGGUCUUUGAACGCAUCAUGGAAUAACGCUUCACUUUGGGACGCGUCGUCCUGUGCGCAUGCGCAGAACGUCACGCAUUAAACAGCCACAGGGAUGGAGAAGCGUUGCUUCUUAAUUAUACAUUUUCUACAUUUUUGUGUAUUAUAGUAUUUUUUUUUCUUUUUUU